AUGGCAAGAUACCUCUUCAUUUUGCUCCUUUGGGGCAGCGCAUGGGUACAUUCCGCUAUGUACCCCAACGGUACUUGGGUUAGCGAACCCCUUACUGAAGACGACGCCUCACCGAUUGACAAUCCGGAUACCUAUUACCCCGACCAGUACAACUGCCCGCUAGCAUGUGUAGACUACGCAAACACGCACAGCUGGAUCACGUACUUUUCCAUGGACCGUAUCGAGCGGUGCGAGAAGGCCAUGCUGCUUGAGCUCUCUGUCUUAGCGGCACUUGACGAUCCUCAGACAACACCGCUGAUCCGCAGCUGCACGUUGGGCGGCGAAGGCGACGAAUCCAUGAUUGCAGAUGUCCUUGUCGAGAAUCCAAAGAAGACAGGAGACCUUUUUCGGGCGAGCCUCCAGUCUGCGCCAGCAUGCGUUCUGGAUGGCACAGAGACUUCACACGACAUGCAGCUGACGACUCGCGGUGACGGAAAGGAACGAUCGGGCGAUAUCGUGGGGUUGCUCAAGGGCAUGGGGAUGUAUUUUGCUGCACGCGAUAAUUGUGACGAGAAGUUCUUGUUUGCGCGUCACAAGGAUCUGGCUGUCGGCGUUUAUGUCGGAGAAGACCUGGGAAAGCCAACGGCGGAGUCCGCGCUUAGCGUGCUGGCAGAUCACGUGCGAUCCAACGGAGCUCGGACGCCGAACCAGAUCGUGGUCGAGCUCUGCGGUGGCGGACGCCAGACACGAAACGCGUUCGGCCUCAUUAUCGACAGCACCGGUGAUCUUGUUCAUGUCCAGAAAGCAGCAUUAGGGUGGAGCAAUGGGAACUGCACACUACCGGACGGGCAGAGCGUCGUCGGUUAUCUCCCAGACGUGCGAGUAGUGGAUCUUCAUGGCGUCAACAAUACGAUCAAUACCAACAGUACCAGUAAUGUCGCCAACAACAAUGCUACCCAUGUUCGCAAACGCGCUGUGCCGCAAGCGGGAUCCGAUGGCGUCUGCGCAACACACCUUAUCCAAAAUGGAGAUACUUGCGAUCAAUUGUCCGGAGAGUAUGGCGUGACUAUCGGCAACCUUGAGAAGUGGAACAAAGGAAAGACUUGGGCAUGGACUGAGUGCAAGGAUAUGCUGAUCGGCUACAGCAUGUGCGUCAGUGACGGCUUACCCCCCAUGCCACCGCCACAGCAAGCCCAUUGCGACAUCCAUGCGCCCAAGGAUGGUGCGCCAGGCAGCAAAGACAAGAAUUUCCAGAACACCUGCGUCUCGAAUUGCGGCAAAGAACUGUUGGAAAAUUCUCCAGCCCCGAACGAAUUUAUGCGAAUCGGCUACUAUGAAGCAUAUAAUCACAAACGUCCAUGUCUGCGGCUCAACGCUCGAGAUGCAAACGUCGGCAAAUCCUACACGCACAUCCACUGGGCGUUUGCCGACAUCAACCCCGAUAACUGGAAGCCCGCUAUUCGAGACGGCUCUGACCAUUGGAAAGACUUCAAGGAACUGAGAAAUGUCAAGCGCAUUGUUUCAUUCGGCGGCUGGGCGGCUUCGACAGAACCGGCAACGUACAACAUCAUUCGCGGAGCUAUCAUAGACCACCGUGAUGAGUUCGCUAGGAAUCUCGCUCUCUUUGCCAAAGUGGAAGGAAUUGAUGGCAUAGACAUUGAUUGGGAAUACCCGGGUGCUCCAGAUAUAUUAGUGGAUGGCCGACCUAUUAGCCGACCGAGUGAUGGCCUGAACUAUCUCAAGUUUCUUACGGUUCUCAAGAAAGAAUUGGAUCCUGGCAUCUCUGUGUCCAUCGCCGCACCGGCCUCGUACUGGUAUCUCAAAGCUUUUCCUAUCGACAGGAUUGCGGUAGUCGUUGACUACAUUGUUUACAUGACGUACGAUCUGCAUGGGCAAUGGGAUGCUGGUAAUCCCAAUGCAUAUGACUCAUGUCCUUCCGGAAUCUGCUUCUCAGGUGACUAUAUUAGUUAUAUGACUCCUCAGACCAAGGACGCCCGACGUGCCGAAUGGAAAUCCUUCAACUUUGCUGGGACUGUUGACUGGGCCGUCGAUCUCCAGCAAUUCACUACGCAAGAGAUGAGAGCCCUACCCCAACGGCCUGAGAGUGGUGAAGGGUGUACCUCGGGGGAAGGCAUCAGUUUGGACUCAGGCGACCUAUGCGAUUUCACCUGUCUCUAUGGGUUCUGUCCUGAGAGUGUAUGCAUAUGCCACACAACUGGCCAGCUUCUGGACCUGCCUACCGAGAAAACUGGACUUAACAUCGUAGCUUGGGACGAGCUUAAUGUGGAACUCAAUCGACUCUGUAUAUUUGCUUGCAGAUACAACUAUUGUCCCGAAGAGAUAUGCACCACCCCCAUCGAUGGGCCCGACGAAAGUGGACCGCACGGAUUCGGGGAAGAUUUCGGUAACGGCGAGGAUCCCGGCUAUUACAACAAGACCGCGGCGAAACUCGCCAACGAUCAGGCAUGCAUCAUAUACAAGGACCCGGCAUACAAUGAGGUGAGCAAGAAGCAGUGCAAACCUAUUUGUCAGGAUGCACUAGAUGAGGCGGCAGAAGAGGGAAGAACGUCUAAUUAUGGGUGUAUCGGGUUUUACCCUAUGGAAAAGAGUAUUCCUUGGGAGAGAGCACCGGGAGCGGGUAGUCAGUUGAUUGCGCCUGGGAAAUGUUUGUGCGACAACUUUCUCCUCAACGAACUGGCCGACACCGUUCUAGAAGCAAUGCCCAUGAUCGCUCAGGUACGCUUAUCGAUACUCGAUAUUCGCAAUGAGAAAGCGCUUCUUCGUCUGACCAUUCUCUAG